CCGCGGUCCCCUUUGUGCCGCCGCCUUCCGUGGUCCCAGCCUCAUCCUCCAGAUCUCUUUGCACUACAAACCACGACUCCCCGCCGGGGUCCCUGGAGGCGGCUUCCUUUGUCUCAACUCUCCGCCCUCCCUCAGCGGCGAUCUUGGCCCCUCACUCACCGCCUCACCAGCAACGCGGGCGCGCGGAGCCUGCUGUCCGGAGGUGGGAGCUGGGCUCCACCGUGAGCAACGGCUCUUUAUUCUCGGCCUUGCUGACGCGCGGGCUCCUCCCGCUUGCUGCCAUCGCCGCCCCGCCUCUGCCGGGCCUGGAGCUGCCAAGGGUCCCCAUCUGCGCCCUGCCGGGGCAUACCUCCCCACCAGGGGAGCCUCGCCGGGGAGGGGCCGCCCACUGUCAGCCCCCUCCCACCGGACCAGCCUCUCCAGGGUGGCCAGCCAGCCCAGGACUCGGGCUUCAGGGGCUUCGGGGGCUUCGGGGGCUCCAAGGACCCCAGGAAGACAGCUGUCAAGCUGCUGGCGACUUCGGCCUGCCUGGACAGCUUGUGGACGGCAGGGGUAGCCACUGGCUCCCCGCUCCUCCUGCGCCUCGCUCUGAGCCCAGAUUUAGGAUUUCUGCUCCCGGAGAAUUCUGCACACCUCCCAUCAUGAGCCUGGAGGGUGUGGAGGGGACCUGGCACCCCCUGACUGUGACGAGCUGAACUUUGAGAACACAGCUGCUGCCAGCUGUCUCAGGGUUUCCAGAAUGGGGCAAGUGGCCUCGAGACGGCCCGAGGGCACCCCGUGAGGACCUCCGCGCCCCAGGAGUGGAGGCUGAGUGGAGGCCAUGCCCCCGCUGCCACUGGAGCGGGACCCCCGGCAGCAGCGCGGGGUCUCCCUGCUGGUGCGCUGCGUCAUGGUGCCCUGCAACGUGUGCCUGCUCCUGCUGGCCACCGCCACGCUCGGCUUCGCCGUGCUGCUCUUCCUCAACAACUACAAACCCGGGACCCACUUCACGCCGGUGCCCCCAACACCUCCGGACGCCUGCCGGGGGAUGCUGUGUGGCUUUGGCGCCGUGUGUGAGCCCAGCGUGGAGGAUCCCGGCCGAGCCUCCUGCGUGUGCAAGAAGCGGCCCUGUCCCGGGGUGGUGGCGCCCGUGUGCGGCUCUGACGCCUCCACCUACAGCAACGAGUGCGAGCUGCAGCGGGCGCAGUGCAGCCAGCAGCGGCGCAUCCGCCUGCUCUCCCACGGGCCCUGCGGGCCCCGCGACCCCUGCUCCAACGUGACCUGCAGCUUCGGCAGCACCUGCUCGCGCUCUGCCGAUGGACAGACAGCCACGUGCCUGUGCCCCGCCUCCUGCCGGGGGGCUCCUGGGGGCCCCGUGUGCGGCAGCGACGGCGCCGACUACCCCAGCGAGUGCCAGCUCCUGCGCCAGGCCUGCGCCCGCCAGGAGAACAUCUUCAAGAAGUUCGACGGCCCCUGCGACCCCUGCAAGGAUGCCCUCAGCGACCCGAGCCACCUCUGCCGCGUGAACCCUCGAACCCGGCGGCCCGAGAUGCUGCUCCGGCCAGAGAGCUGCCCGGCCCGGCAGGCGCCUGUGUGUGGGGACGACGGCAUCACCUACGACAGCGAGUGCGUCAUGGGCCGCACCGGGGCCGCCCGCGGCAUCCACCUGCAGAAAGUGCGCACCGGACGGUGUCAGCCUCAAGACCAGUGCCCAGACACCUGCAGGUUCAACGCCAUGUGUCUGGUCCGCCGAGGCCGGCCCCGCUGCUCCUGUGACCGCAUCGUCUGCGACGCGGCCUACAGACCCGUGUGCGCCCACGACGGGCACACGUAUGACAACGAGUGCCGGCGCCAGCAGGCCGAGUGCCGGCAGCAGCGCGCCGUCCCCACCAGGCACCAGGGCCCCUGUGACCAGCCCCGGUCCCCGUGCCUCGGGGUGCAGUGCCUGUUCGGGGCGGUGUGUGUCGUGAAGAACGGGGGAGCCGAGUGCGUGUGCCAGCAGGCGUGCCCAGGCGUCUACGACCCCGUGUGCGGCAGUGACGGCGUCACGUACGGCAGCGCCUGCGAGCUGGAGGCCACGGCCUGCACCCUCGGGCGGGAGAUCCGGGUGGCUCGCAGAGGACCCUGUGACCGCUGUGGGCAGUGCCGCUUCGGAGCCCUGUGCGAGGCCGAGACCGGGCGCUGCGUGUGCCCCUCCGGGUGCGUGGCCCUGGCCGAGCCCGUGUGCGGCUCAGACGGGCACACGUACGCCAGCGAGUGCGAGCUGCACGUCCACGCUUGCACACAGCAGAUCAGCCUGCACGUGGCCUCGCCCGGACCCUGCCAGACCUGUGGAGACGCGGUGUGCGCCUUCGGGGCGGUGUGCCUGGCGGGGCAGUGUGUGUGUCCCCGGUGCGAGCGCCCCCCACCCGGCCCCGUGUGCGGCAGCGACGGCGUCACCUACGGCAGCGCCUGCGAACUCCGAGAGGCCGCCUGCCGGCAGCAGACCCGGAUCGAGGAGGCCCGGGCGGGGCCCUGCGAGCAGGCCGAGUGCGGCUCUGGAGGCUCUGGCUCCGGGGAGGACGGCGAGUGUGAGCAGGAGCUGUGCCGGCAGCGCGGCGGCGUCUGGGACGAGGACUCGGAGGAUGGGCCGUGCGUCUGCGGCUUCCGCUGCGAGGGCGUCCCGCGGAGCCCGGUCUGCGGCUCCGACGGGGUCACCUACCGCUCGGAGUGCGAGCUGAAGAAGGCCCGGUGCGAGUCCCAGCAAGAGCUGCACGCGGUGGCUCCGGGGGCCUGCCAAGGCCCCACCGUGGCCCCGAGGCCGCCGGCAGUCCCCCUGCACUGCACCCAGACCCCCUUCGGCUGCUGCCCAGACAACGUCACUGCUGCCCGGGGCGCGGGCCUGGCCGGCUGCCCCAGUGUGUGCCAGUGCAACCCACACGGCUCCUAUGGUGGCACCUGUGACCCAGGCACGGGCCAGUGCUCCUGCCGCCCAGGCGUGGGGGGCCUCAAGUGUGACCGCUGUGAGCCUGGCUACUGGAACUUCCGUGGCAUCGUCACCGAUGGCCGGAGCGGCUGCACCCCGUGCAGCUGUGACGCCCGGGGGGCUGUGCGGGACGACUGUGAGCAGAUGACCGGGCUGUGCUCCUGCAAGCCGGGGGUGGCUGGGCCCAAGUGCGGGCAGUGUCCAGGUGGCCGCGCCCUGGGCCCCUCUGGCUGUGAGAUAGACCCCUCGGCGCCCAAGACCUGUGCUGAGAUGCGCUGUGAGUUCGGGGCGUCCUGCGUGGAAGAGGCUGGCUCCGCCCACUGCAUGUGCCCCACACCCACGUGUCCGGGGGUGAAUGCGACCAAGGUCUGUGGCUCGGACGGAGUCACCUACGGCAACGAGUGCCAGCUGCGGACCAUCGCCUGCCGCCAGGGCCUGGACAUCUCCAUCCAGAGCCUCGGCCCCUGCCAGGACUCUCCUCUCCCCGCAGAGGCUGUCGCUCCUGGCGCCCGCCCGACACCCCCGGCCGCGGCCGCCUCAGGGCACCGCCUGAGUGAGGCGCUCCCGCCCAGUGCCCGGGCUCCGGCUCCCAGCAGCACCCCGCACAGCCGGCCCACCCUUCGCCCCUCGCCGCAGCCUCAGACCACCGCCAGCAUCCCGAGGACCACCUGGAGGCCUGCACUGACCGUGCCCCCCACGACACCCCCCGUGGCGGCCGGCCUCGCCUCGUCUGCCUUCAGCGAGUCGGGCAGCGCCGACGGGAGCGGCGACGAGGAGCUGAGCGGGGACCUGGAGGCCAGUGGGGCCGGCUCGGGGGGACUCGAGCCCCCCGGGGGCGGCAGCGCUGUGACCCCGGGGCCACCCAUCGAGAAGGCCUCGUGCUACAACUCACCUUUGGGCUGCUGCUCGGACGGCAAGACGCCCUCGCUGGACGCCGAGGGCUCCAACUGUCCCGCCACCAAGGCGUUCCAAGGUGUGCUGGAGCUCGAGGGGGUUGAUGGGCAGGAGCUGUUCUACACCCCGGAGAUGGCCGACCCCAAGUCGGAGCUGUUCGGAGAGACGGCCAGGAGCAUCGAGAGCGCCCUGGAUGACCUUUUCCGGAACUCGGACGUUAAGAAGGACUUCUGGAGUGUCCACCUGAGGGACCUGGGGCCCGGCAACACUGUCCGGGCCAUUGUGGACGUGCACUUCGACCCCACCACGAGCUUCAGGGCGCCCGACGUGGCCCGGGCCCUGCUCCGGCAGGUCCAGGCGUCCCGGCGCCGGUCCCUGGGGGUGCGCCGGCCGCUGCAGGAGCAUGCGCGCUUCAUGGACUUCGACUGGUUUCCUGCGUUCUUCACGGGAGCCACCCCUGCCGCGGCCACGGCCAGGGCCACCACCUCCGCCUUUCCCUCGGCGACCCCUCGGGCGCUCUACCCCAGCCACACGAGCCGGCCCGGCAGCAGGACCACAGCGUCCCCCACCACGCGACGGCCCCCCACCACGGCCCCCCACCGCACGCAGCAGCCCCUGAGGCCCUGCGACUCCCAGCCCUGCCUCCAUGGGGGCACCUGCCAGGACCGAGACUUGGGUGGCACCUUCACCUGCAGCUGCCCAGCCGGCAGGGGAGGCGCCAUCUGUGAAGAGGCCGGUGCCCGUCUUGUAGCAUUGCGCCCCUCGGUGCCAUCCUUUGGGGGCCGCUCCUUCCUGGCCUUCCCGACCCUCCGAGCCUACCACACGCUGCGCCUGGAGUUGGAGUUCCGCGCGCUGGAGCCGCAGGGGCUGCUGCUCUACAACGGCGGGGCCCGCGGCAAGGACUUCCUGGCGCUGGCCCUGGUGGGGGGCCGUGUGCAGCUCAGAUUUGACACAGGUUCAGGACCCUUGGUGCUGACCAGCACAGUGCCCGUGGAGCCCGGCCGGUGGCACCGCCUGGAGCUGUCCCGGCACUGGCGCCAGGGGAAUCUCUCAGUGGACGGCGAGCCCCCUGUCCUGGGCCAGAGUCCCAGUGGCACUGAUGGCCUCAACCUGGACACAGAGCUCUUCGUGGGCGGUGUCCCAGAGGACCAGGCGUCCGUGGUGCUCGAGCGGACCUCUGUCGGCGUCGGCCUCAGGGGCUGCAUCCGCCUGCUGCACGUCAACAACCAGCGCUUGGAGCUCAGCAGCUGGCCGGGGGCGGCCACCAGAAGCUCCGGCGUGGGCGAGUGUGGGGCCCACCCCUGCCUGCCCAGCCCCUGCCUCGGGGGCGCCCCGUGCCAGGCCCUGGAGGCCGGCGUGUUCCACUGCCAGUGCCCGCCGGGCCGCUUUGGCCCAACCUGUGCGGAGGAGAAGAACCCCUGUGAGCCGAACCCCUGCCACGGGGCAGCCCCCUGCCGUGUGCUGCCGGGGGGCGAGGCCGAGUGCCAGUGCCCCCUGGGCCGGGGGGGCACGCUCUGCCAAACAGCCUCAGCACGGAGCGACGCCCGGCCCUUCCUGGCUGACUUCGGUGGCUUCUCCUACCUGGAGCUGAGAGGCCUGCACACUUUCGAGCGGGACCUGGGGGAGAAGAUGGCGCUGGAGGUGGUGUUCCUGGCCCGGGGCGCCAGCGGCCUGCUCCUGUACAACGGGCAGAAGACGGAUGGCACCGGGGACUUCGUGUCACUGGCGCUGCGGGACGGCCACCUGGAGUUCCGUUACGACCUGGGCAAGGGGGCGGCGGUCAUCAGGAGCAAGGAGCCGGUGGCCCUGGGCACCUGGACCCAGGUCUCCCUGGAGCGAAACGGCCGCAAGGGUGCCAUGCGCGUGAGCGACGGGCCCCGAGUGCAGGGCGAGUCCCCGAAAUCCCGAAAGGUGUCGCACACUGUCCUCAACCUGAAGGAGCCGCUCUACCUGGGCGGGGCUCCCGACUUCAGCAAGCUGGCCCGGGCCGCCGCCGUGUCCUCCGGCUUCGAUGGCGUCAUCCAGCAGGUCUCUCUGAAGGGCCACCAGCUGCUGACCCAGGAGCACGUGGUGCGGGCGGUGGACGUCUCUCCCUUUGCGGACCACCCGUGCACCCAGGCCUCGGGACACCCCUGCCUCCACGGGGCCUCCUGCUUGCCCCGGGGGGCCUCCUACGAGUGCCUGUGCCCCGGGGGCUUCUCGGGGCCGCACUGCGAGAUGGGGCUGAUGGAGAAGUCGGCAGGGGACCUCGACGCGCUAGCCUUCGACGGACAGACCUCCAUCGAGUACCUCCGCGCCGUGGUGGAGAGCGAGAAGGCGCUGCAGAGCGACCACUUCGAGCUGAGCCUGCGCACGGAGGCCACGCAGGGGCUGGUGCUAUGGAGCGGCAAGGCCACGGAGCGGGCCGACUACCUGGCCCUGGCCAUUGUGGACGGGCGCCUGCAGCUGGCCUACGACCUGGGCUCCCAGCCCGUGGUGCUGCGCUCCACCGUGCCGGUCAACACCAACCGCUGGCUGCGGGUCCGGGCCCACAGGGAGCAAAGGGAAGGAUCCCUUCAGGUGGGCAACGAGGCCCCCGUGACCGGCUCCUCCCCCCUGGGCUCCACGCAGCUGGACACAGACGGAGCCCUGUGGCUGGGGGGCCUGGCGAGACUGCCCGUGGGCCCCGCCCUGCCCAAGGCCUACGGCGCCGGCUUCGUGGGCUGCCUGCGGGACGUGGUGGUGGGGCGGCGGGCCCUGCACCUGCUGGAGGACGCCGUCACCAAGCCCGAGCUGCGGCCCUGUCCCGCCCCAUGAGCCGCCACAGCCUCCGCCGCCUGUUGCCGUCUUUUUAUAUUUUUGUACACUUGUUGCUUUUUGAUAUGAUUUUUUUGCCUGUGUUUUGGCUGGAAGGACUCCAGGCCCGGCCUCCCUCCCGUCCAGGCGAGGCAAGCCGCAGAUACACGCGCUCGGGCCGAGGGGGCAGCACGAGGGGGCAGCGUGGCUCCACCUCGGGACGCGCCGCCGCCUCCUCCCAGCCCCGCGGCGCGCUCCCUGCCGGUGGGCAGGCCCCUCGCCGCACUCCGCUGGCGCAGCUCCACCUGGCGCGGCACCGGAGCAGAAGCUGCUGCCGGGGCUGGCGGGGCCCCUCCCAGGCCUACACCGGGCUGGUCUCUGUCCCGCUGUGAGCGGGCCAGGCCCCCAGGACCAGGCCCCCGCCUUGCCGGCCCCUCCUGGGCCUCCAGUGCCAAUACUGUGACUUAGACGGGACGUUACCGUUGGGGCCGCACGGCGCUGCCCUGCACCCCCCCCCCCCGCCAGCUGUGUCUACCCGGUCCCGGGUGCUGGAGAGCAGAGGCCGGGCCCAGGCCUGUUCCAGGGCCCUCGCCCUCAGCCGGCCCUGUCCACCCACCUGGCCACCUUGGACAUGGCUGUGUCCCCUGCCCAGCACCUCAGGCCCCAGGAGGAACCCUGAGAGGUGGUGGGCCGCUGGGGUGUGGGCGAUGGCCGUCACCUGCUUGCCUGGGCAGCCAGCGCCCCCUCGACAGGACAGACGUCCAGGCGACCACCAGCCGCAGAGUUCCCGACGCCGUCGCUUUUAUUUGGCAUCUGGGGCGGUGGGCUGUCACCUCGGCCCGAGAGCAGCCGAGGACACUGUGUGGCAGACCCUCACCCUGGUUCUGGGGGGGCGGGUGUCCUCACUCCAGGAGGACCAGAGGUCGGCGGGGUGUGGGACCGCGGCCGGGGGCAGGGGAAGGGAAGGCAGGGAAGGCUGUGAGGCCAGAAGCGCCUUAAACUGCAACGCCGCGCCCCGCCCCCUCCAGCGGCCCGCCCCCUCCGGCGCCCUGGUGGGGUGCCGGUCCCGCUCCCACAGCUGGGCCUGGGCUGGGCUGUUGGGCCCGAGGGCUGACGGGCCCGCACAUCACACUACUAACUCCAGUCUGUGUCUGUGUCAGUCACCGUGAAAUAAAGUCUGAACACGUCACGA